ACCCCUGCCCUUUCACCUUUCACCUCAAAAUGGCGGCCUCCGGUGUGCGAUGCCUUGUGAAGUCUCUCAUCUCAUCCAACCGUGUGAUGGUGUUCUCCAAGUCCACGUGUCCAUUCUGUGUGAUGGCGAAAGACGUGUUGAGCGAGGCCGGCGUGUCACAACCCAAGGUCUUAGAACUGGACCACAUAGAAGAGGGGCCUCAAGUACAGGAUGCAUUACGCGAGCUGACUGGUAUCAGCACAGUUCCCAACGUUUUUAUCAGUGGAAAAUGUAUAGGGGGAGGAACAGACACUGCCAGGCUAUAUGAAACAGGAGAACUUCAGCAAUUACUCACAGAAGCAGGGAUUCUGAAGAAACAGGAAGAUUCUUAGCUGGGAUUCCUUAACACGAAGUUGGUACUCGUACACUGGACCAAUACUGGCCUUGAAAAUGACUUUGAACCAUUACAGAAAGCCUAUACCCCUGUGGACCAGUUUUAGACCUGAACCAAAACAAAGGACCAUCUAAUAUCCCACUGCUGCCACCAUGUUGACUGUGCUCUGAUGUCCUGAUGCCUCUUCAUAUGCUUGGUGAAAAAAGUAGUGUGGAUGCUUGCUUGAACAUACAACACAAAGUCAACAAUACUCUAUAUAAACUUAAAACCUGAAACGUCUAAUAGAAAUCCCAUCUGAAUUGUAAAUAAAAGUUGUAAUGAUAUGUUGAUACA